GAUUCAGUGUAUAGCUUGAGUUUGCGAAAACCAGACGAUCUUCUUUAGGAUGCUGGCUCUACAACUAAGUGUUUUGCUGCUGAUUCUGCCUGCUUGUCUACAGGCUGCUAGGAUACUGGCCAUAUUUCCCUUUCCGGGACCAUCGCAGUACAUUAAUGUGGUACCCUAUCUGAAGAAACUGGCUUCUCGGGGUCACCAGGUGACCUCGAUUAAUGCCUUUCCGCAGAAGAAACCGGUGAAUAAUUUUAGAGACAUUCCCAUUCCGGAAGUUUUUGAGAACUAUAAUGAUAUCAUAAACGAGCUGAACGAUCCAAUGAAUUUGUGGCAGGAGAACAACUUCAUAAAUAAAUUUUUUGUGGAUGUUACCCGCUCAGUUCUCACCAACAAGGAAGUGACAGAAACCCUUUUGCCUCCUGGAAAGGAUCACUAUGAUCUUAUCAUUGUGGAGGCCAUUCGCUCGGAUGCCUACUAUGGAUUUGCGCCACAUUUUAAUGCUCCUAUUAUAGGCAUUUCCACCUUUGGCACUGACUGGAAUAUUGAUGAGCUGGUUGGCAAUGUUUCGCCUCUAUCGUAUACUCCUCUGGUAACAGCGGGUUUUACGGAUCGCAUGACUUUCGGAGAGCGUGUGACCAACUUUGUGGAUACUACAAUUGCCUGGCUCAACUAUAGAUUGGUUCAUAUGCCAGAGCAGGAGAAAUUGUACGCGAAAUACUUUCCUGUGGCCUCAAAACGAGUUCCUCUCACCGAUUUGAACAGGAAUUUCUCCCUGGUGCUCCUCAAUCAACAUUUUUCCCUAAGCUUCCCGCGGCCCUACGUUCCAAAUAUGAUCCAGGUUGGAGGUCUGCAUAUAUCCCACAAGCCAGCUCCUUUGCCAAAAGAUUUGGAGGAGUUUAUUCAGGGUUCUGGGGAACAGGGUGUGAUAUACUUUUCCCUGGGAUCCAAUGUUAAAAGCAAGGAUCUUCCGGCGGAGAGAAGAGAACUUAUACUGAAAACCUUUGCCAGUCUUCCGCAGCGUGUACUAUGGAAAUUCGAGGACGAUCAGUUGCCUGGCAAGCCCUCCAAUGUUUUCAUCAGCAAAUGGUUCCCGCAGCCGGAUAUCCUGGCCCAUCCCAAGGUCAAGCUCUUCAUCACCCACGGCGGCUUGCUGAGCACCAUCGAGAGCAUUCAUCAUGGUAAACCCGUUUUGGGCCUGCCCAUCUUCUACGAUCAGUUCUUGAAUGUAAAGCGGGCCACUCAGGCAGGAUUCGGAUUGGGAUUGGAUCAUAAGACAAUGACCCAGCAAGAAUUCAAGACGACCAUCGAGCGAUUGGUCAAGGAGCCGCAAUUUGCGGAGACGGCCAGGAAGAUGUCAGAUCGAUAUCGGGAUCAGCCGAUGACACCUUUGGACACUGCAAUUUGGUGGACAGAGUAUGUUUUACGGCACAAAGGAGCUUACCACAUGCGAGUGGCUGGCCAGGAUUUGGGAUUCUUCGCCUACCAUAGCUUGGAUGUCAUUGGAACCCUCUUGGGCGGAGCGCUGCUAGUUCUUUUGAUUAUUUUGUAUGUCCUUUGGAAAAUUGCAAAGUUAGCUGGACUUGGAAAUUCUAAGAAAAAGCAAAAGACGCAUUAAGAUGGGGUCGAAAAUCGGAAUUCUAUGUUGGUCAUGUUUAAAAUUAAAUAUAGGUAUAGAUAAGCAAAGAGAGAUCAAAAAUAUAUUGAAAUUCUUGCUUAGUUA